AUGACUUUCUUUAUGUUACAAAAGGAUAAUGCGAAUUGUUUUAAAGAUCUAGAUCAAGUGCUUCAAAUUAAGACAAAGUCAAAAGUUAAGACCAGCUGUGAAAGCAAGAAGGAAUGCCAAGGGCAACCCAUAGAGGAGAAAAUGAGUGAAGACUUAAUGCAUAGUCUUCAGAACCAAAAUAGACAGCAGCGGCGUGCUGCUGCAAUGCGUGCCAAUCCUCCCUUUCGCGUUCGCGUAGGUCCGCGACACAGACAAGAAAAUCCGUUCCGCUGGCCACCUGGUGUACAAAGGAGACAAUACCUCAGGCUCUUUCUGCAGAAUCUGCUUAUCCUUGACCACUUAUUGAUGAUGGUUUUGUUCCCCUUUUCUGUUUACAACGUACUUAAAAUCCUAUUAACAGAGGUGACGUUCUCAAACAGCGACUUUGUAACGGACAUUGCCUCCUACUGUAAGUUUUCAAGCAUUUUGAGCGAAGAUGGGAGAUCAGUGAUAUUGUUCAAAAGUGGUUUUGGGUUGCUGGGCAAAUUCCAUAAUAUCAUAGUAUAUUAUUCCGCUCCAUUAUUUGCGUGGCUAUCGUCAAAUUCAAGCGUUAGCUCAUUCGUGAUGCGUACUUACACGCUUGUUGUGAAAUUCACUGCAGUGGUGCUAUACACGCUAUACGGGGUAAGUGCAAGCACUUAUGUUUGCUUUGCGACGUUCUUCUUCUCAUUGUGCCUGCUGAUGACUUGUUUUAGACGCUACAAAGGCGUUGCAAAAAUUGUAGGCCAACUAUAUCGUACUACCAGCGGAAUAUUCUAA